UAUGAAUAUGAAAGCAUGGACUUUUAUUUUCUUCUUUGCUUUAUAUCUUUUGUGUUUUUAUUUUUGGAAUUUUAUUUACAUUCUAAAGUAUUCCCUUUGAGAAUUUUUCGUUAUUUGUGGUAAUAGAAGAUAGGGCUACGUGAUUUUCAUUCUGUACAAUUAUUCAAAUAAAUAUGUUUUGCUUUAUAACGUACAGUGAUCGAGAUGAAUGGAAAAAGAAGAAAUUGUAUUUAUUGCGUUUCAUGCAUAAAUUUCAUAAUAAUACAACCCUUUUUCGAUUUUUCCAAUAAUUGAAAAUGGACGUCAGUUUUCGUCGUUACUGUUAACUUCAUGUCGAUCGCAGAAUUAGUUGCACAGUUAGCGAAAAUUCAGCGAUUCAGAACUAGAACUCAGAAGUUACAUAUACUAUAUGUUUUGUACGUACGUGAUAUCAAAAUAAUAAAUAGAUUGAAUUAUUAUUGACAGGUGAUUAAUCCAUAUCCAUGGAUCUACGGUAGAUCACGAGAUCCACAUGAUAAAAUCCAACUUUUGACAAAGAAAGAAUCCAACAUCCUUUUUAUGAAACAUUUUUUUGGAGGGGGGGUAUAUAUCUAGCCAUCUAGGGUAUAUACCCAAAACAAAACCAAAUACAGUGCUAUAUAAUAUAAAUAUAUAUAUAGUAUAUAGGAAAAUUAUGUUGCUUCUACUUUGUUUCCGCUAUUGGUGUUAUCUCAUUUGAUAGAAAAUUAUCGUUUUUUUUAUGUCGAAAGGCCAUUAUAUUACUCAAGUUAUAAGUGGUUUAUGUAACCAGACCGGAAUAGAACAACCAAUAAAAAAUAAUUUUCUAUAGAAAAUCUUGCAGUUUUAGACCGACAAUUGUCGUUAAAGGAUGUUUGGUAUCUCAUUUUCAUGUGUUAGGAACAUUAAACAACAAUAUAUACAACGUACAUAUAUUAAUAUUUCGUGUUGGUGAUACAUUUCCAUAGCUGAUUGUCCCUAUGAAUUCUUCCAAACCAAUUUUCCACAACCUAUAAUUAUAUUCGUGUUGAUGCUAAUUGAUCGGGUUUUGAUUUUUUGAUACUCAAUUUUCAAUCAACGAAUGUAUAAAUAGUAUUCUUGGUUUUAGUGGGAAUAAACGUCUCUCUAUAUAUUCUAAACAUUGUUAUCUAUACCAAUAAAGUCAGCUUUUUUAUCUCCUUGGGGGAAAAAAUGACAUGUGUCGUCUUCUCACUGGAUAAAAUUUACGAUUGGGUUUUGUUAACUUAAUUGGAUUUUGUGUUUUAAUUUGAGGCCCAUCACAAAACAUUAAUCCUCCAGGCCCGGACUCGCCUCUUCCUCUAGGUCUUUCCUUCUUACCGCCGCCAAUGCAGAUGAGAGUCGAUGAUGACGCCAUGGGCGUUACAACGUUUCGCUUUGCUCUUCUUUACUUCGUGUUAAAUCGCGAUUUCCCCACUUCUCAGCAUUCAAUCCGACGCCUUCGCUUCCCUGAGAAACUCAGCAGAGCUUCGGGUAUAAAUACCUCUUCAUCCAGACAUGAGCAGCACAGCUUCGACGAGAACCAGAAGAUCACUCUGUUCAAUUUCCGGUUAUUACAAUGGCGAAUCCCCAAGUCCUUCUUGCCGAUCUGAAUGCAGGACGGUGCUCGAACGUCGCGGAGGUUCGCUUACUCCGAUACUGGGAGGCGAGAAAUGUGAGAAAAGGUGGUGAAUUGAUGAGUGUUGACAUGCUCUUUGUCGAUGAGAAUGUAAGCCUCUUUUCAUAAUCUGAUUUACAGUUUACUCCGCUAAUAUUCUGAUAAGUUUUACGCUUCUAGGGAUUGCUCAUAUUCUGUAAAGUUUUCUUCUUUAAGUGAUUGAUCGAUAGCUAUAAGAUGAUCUAGGUUAUCUGUGACGCAUUAGCGAUUUCUUCUUAACGUUUUAAUUUCUCCUAAAUGAAAGAAGUUUUCAACUUUUAGCGAUUGUUCCAUAGCCAUUCUCUUAAUGUUUUAAUUUCUCCUAAAUGACAGUCAACGCUUACGCAAGGAUCUGUUAGUGCGAACCGUCAGCUUAGGUUCAGGAAACGUCUCAGCGAGGGCUCUCUGUACACGUUAACCGGAUUUGACGUCACACGCAGCAACACUAAUUUCCGUUUGUGUGAUGCUCCUUUCUCGAUUCGGUUCAAUGAAGGAACCUCUCUUGAGAAGAUAACGGCGUCUGCUAGGCCCAUACCUACGGAGCUUUUCCGAUUCAUGCCAUAUGGUCGGUUACUUGAGCUCGCAAACACUGGGAAACAACUUCCUGGUAUGUAUUUUUAUGCUGAGUAUUUUUGUUUUGUUGUGUUAUAGCAUGUGCUAACGUUGCCCUCUUAAUUGUUUGUUAGACAUAAUUGGUGAAUUGAGUGCGAUCAGAAGCACAAUCACGGACCGUAUAGCAGGUGCACAGCGUGUGAUGCUCACUCUGCGUCUUGAAAGUGGUGAGAACGUUUGUGUGAGUAUGUUUGACUCAUUGGCGCUUGCGUUUCACACCAAAUUUGACAGCUAUGGGAGAGAGCCGAAAGUCAUAAUUGCUACGGGCGUGAAUCCUAAGAUAGUUGGGGGUAGGCGUUUUUUAUGCAUUCAUACAUAUAAUCGUCAGAUGCAUGGCAGACUCUAUUUGUUUUGGACUUGAUAUCUCCUUUUUUUUGGCUCUUUGUCAGGUCGUUUAUUUUUGAAUGCUACUUCCUCCACACAUCUCUACUUUGACUCUGAGACAGCUGCUGGAAAAAAACUGUUUGACACCUUACCAGGUCAUGGAGCAGUCCCAGGAGAAUCUACUUCAAAGGUGGUUCAUGCCCAGAAGAUUGAACCAAUGACCCUCUCCGAGCUUAACCAGUUUAUUAUCACCGCUGAGUCUCAGAUAAUAGAGUUUCUUUGCACCGCUAAGGUUACUGGUAUCCAGCAAGAUGAAGGUUGGUGUUAUAUUGGCUGCUCCGGGUGUUCAAAGAAGCUUGUCCGAGAGAUAUCUUCUUUCACAUGUUUAUCAUGUAAUGAAACUAAUGCUGUUGCGGCACUCAGGUACCGAGUCGCAUUGUCUGUGUCAGACAACACUGAUACUGCAUCUUUCCUAGCUUUUGAUACAGAGAUGGCUAAACUAACCAACCUUCAAGCUUCUGAGGCUGCUCAGAUUGUGGGGAUAGGGGUUGAUGCUCAGGUUGACACAGAACUUCCUCAGUCCCUUGCUGAUAUUGUUGGAAAAACCUACACUUUCCAGCUCAAAUUGAACGAUUUCAAUUUCUCCUCGAAGCACCAGACCUUCACCAUAUCUCGCAUCUUUCCUGAGCGAGUGCUUGCGCCCAUGCCAGCCUUUGUGGUAACUGUGGGUCCUCAUAUGUAGCGAAAUAUGUUACUUACUUGCUGAGACCAAUAACUAAUAUAUGUGUUUGUUGCAUAAUUCACAGGAAGAUGGAACUGUUCCUGCCGAUGCUCAGGCUGGAGAUUUGCCACAUGGAACAAUUGGCAACGUUGGAAUCACUUCUACUGGAGCAGAUAAGCCAACUACAUCUGAUGCUUCAACUGGUAAACGUCCACCACCGGCCAAAGACCAGGACGAUGACGACAAAACUGCCCCGAAAAAGGCACAUGUGGAAUGAGACCAUCACUCCACAGCUAGAACAACCACAACUGCUUCUGAUUCUAAUUAUGUUUUAGUGUUCCCAUUUUCCCCGUGGACUAUUUCUCUUUUUCUUUCAAAGCAAAGUGUUAUGCUUUAGUAUUUUCUAU